AUGGUCCUGCUGCUGCUACUGCACACUCCGGUCUCUCAGUCCGCCCUUCGUGUCCUUCGUCCCCCGUUCGAUCUAUCAGCCUUCCCCAGGUUGAUUACCCGCCUUUGGAAGCGAAAGGCGGCCGAGGCGGCGAUAACAGACAAUCACUCCGCCACCAAGGAUUCCGUCGCCCGUUCGCAAGCCGCCACCAGACCUCCUCCCCGGAAGUCUGCUCGCAAGACGAACUUAGAUUCUCCUGGUAUCGCAGAACUUAACCCCGCUACCGAUCUGACCUCCGUCGUCUCGGGGGUGCUCACGGUUCGCGGAAAAGAAGGUCCUGAUUUGGUUACGCCGGCGUCAACCACCAUGGAGUCUGAUGAUGAUUUUAUGAGCGUUGCCUCCAGCGCCGAUGACUUUCUGGACACCCAGGCGAAUUUCGGUGAUGAUUUCGACGGCGGAUUCUCGAAAGAUAAAGACAUUGUUGCAACUUCACGAAAACCUUACGAAGUUGAAUAUAAAGUCCUAAACCCAGAUGACAUCGACCGGGAACAGACUCGACAAAUCAACGAAGUAUCAUCGAUUUUAAGUCUACCACCGGAAUCCUCUGCCAUCCUUCUACGGUAUGGACGAUGGAAUCGGGAAAAGCUUAUUGAGGGCUACAUGGAUCAUCCCGAAGAAACGCUGGAGGAGGCCGGCUUAGGGACGAACUUUGAGGGCACACCGAAGACUGAAGUAAUACCUGGAUUCGUGUGCGAGAUUUGCUGCGAGGAUGACAAUAACCUGGAGACAUACGCUAUGCGAUGUGGACAUCGUUUCUGUGUAGAUUGUUACCGCCACUACCUUGCACAAAAGAUUCGUGGGGAAGGAGAAGCGGCCAGGAUAGAGUGUCCGGGUGAUGGCUGUAAUAUGAUCGUAGAUUCUAAGUCGUUGGGCCUACUUGUCACACCCGACCUCAAGGAUAGGUAUUACACCCUCUUACAAAGAACCUAUGUCGAUGAUAAGGAAAAUCUCAAAUGGUGCCCAGCUCCCAACUGUGAAUACGCUGUUGAUUGUGCGGUCAAGCAGCGCGACCUCCGUCGCAUUGUACCCACCGUACAAUGUAGCUGCAAGCAUCAUUUCUGCUUUGGUUGCACACUUAACGACCAUCAACCAGCACCUUGUCAGCUAGUCAAAAUGUGGCUCAAGAAGUGUGAAGACGAUUCCGAAACGGCCAACUGGAUCUCAGCCAACACAAAAGAGUGCCCUAGGUGUCACUCGACGAUUGAGAAGAACGGAGGUUGCAACCAUAUGACGUGCCGCAAAUGCAAGCAUGAGUUCUGCUGGAUGUGCAUGGGUCUAUGGUCCGAGCACGGUACUAGCUGGUAUAAUUGCAAUCGCUAUGAGGAGAAAUCAGGAUCCGAGGCCCGCACCGCACAGGCGAAGUCCCGAGCAUCAUUGGAGCGAUAUCUCCAUUACUACAACCGAUAUGCAAACCAUGAGCAAUCGGCCAAGCUCGACAAAGACCUUUACCUGAAGACGGAAAAGAAGAUGACGAGCCUUCAGUCGCAGUCGGGUUUAUCGUGGAUCGAAGUACAGUUUCUCGACACUGCGUCACAAGCACUUCAACAAUGCCGACAGACCCUAAAGUGGACCUAUGCUUUUGCCUACUACCUUGCGCGUAACAACCUGACCGAGAUCUUUGAAGAUAACCAGAAAGAUUUGGAGCUCGCGGUGGAGAACCUCAGCGAGAUGUUUGAAAAGCCUGUACCUGAACUAGCGAACCUCAAAGUGGACAUCUUGGAUAAAACGGCCUAUUGCAACAAACGGCGGGUGAUUUUGUUGAGUGACACUGCUGAAAAUCUGAAAAAUGGCGAAUGGUCUUUCAACGUGGACUGGUAGAUUAGAGCGAACCGUAUAGAAGGGAAACGGGUUUAACCACGGUUGGUCCCCAAGGCCCAGUCAUUCUUUUGCUUUAACGACGUGCAUGACAGCGCUGAAUUCUCUGCGGGAAAGUUUCACUGUGAACAUUUAAGAGAGGAGCUUUUCGUGGGUGUUAUUUACUUGGUGAUUUGCUUUCUUGUAUCAAUUAUCAUC